AUGGAAGGUGUGGAUGCUUCUACCAUCAAAACCUAUUACUACAAACUAGCGCAUGCUCGACACAUUGAUUGCUACUUUUAUGCGCCUGCCGAUGUGCAAACUACAACUGAACAGUCACUCUUAGAGUUAGAACUCGAAACCAGAUACUCCAGUCCCAAACUUCUUUUCACAUACUAUAAGAAAUUCCUUUACAAAUUCAAAUUCAGCUAUGACAGUGGCCUGGCUGAGCCACCAGCAUCAUCAACAUCAGCAUCAACUUCAAUUCCACCCGAGGAUGAUUCUAUACUUAUAGAUAAUGACGAUGAUGCUCUUGCACGUAAUCCAGCGUUGAAAUUAGUGGGAAAAAGAAGAGUUACAGCUCAAGCAUUGGCAAUGCCUCAAAGAGCAUCAUCAAUUCCCGUGUCUGGAACAUACAAUCCCUGUGAUAGUCUACAGUAUGCUAGUCUCUGUCUAUAUAAGGCAGUUAAAAAAAUGCUUCAAUAUAACUUGAGCAUGUCCAAGUCAGUCAAGAUUUUUGGUAGCUAUACUGUUUACUCUGAUACAGCAUCUGGUGAUCUCUACUUUAUUAACAUUGACCCUACUUUAUUGCCCAAUGGUGAUUUACUAGUAUCACUUGUCGCUCGACGGAAAACAAGUUUUGUUCUUCCUAACAAAGAUACAAUUCCAAAGCUAAUUGAUUUGAACUUUGCUAUUUAUUUGCUUCCUAAUCCAAUACGAUGCCAUUUGUUCGAUCCUAUUAAUUUGAAUCAAAAUUUUGUUAUAAGAAAGAUAAAUAGAAAGACAGAUGAACUCUAUCGUUUGAUCCGCUUAUAUACCGGUCUUGAAAAGCCAUUUGCAUCUACACCUGAUCAAUCUAAUGAAGAUGAACCUAAGCAACUUGAAGAAGUUCUUUUUGUCAAAUUAAUUCCCAAUUUGAAGCAUAUGAAUAACUUGACAUCCAAGAUCUCCUUGUUCAUCCAUUCUAUAAAUAAUAAAAAGUUUGUAUACUGGCCAUGGGAGCUAUGUCUCCUUCAAUUUGGAGCAUAUGAACAUUUCAUGCCAAACACAAGUGGUAAUUUAAUGACAGAAGAUGAUUCAGUAUUGCAUAAUCCCUUGAGUUUGAUUUCAGAAUUUAUUGAUUUCAACAUUUCACAAGCAAAUAAGGUUCAUCAUCAUAUGAAUUCUGGAAACAUUUGGAACCCUAAUACUUUUCAACCACUUACAAAUAUUAGCACAGGUGGAAAUAAUCCUGAAGGAACACAAGGAAAUACUUAUGAUGAUUUGGCGCCCAUGGUGGGUGAACUCUUCAACGCAGGAACAGAUUUUUCAAUAAAGAAUGGAACAAUUUCAACAGAUGAUCAGGACAAUAGAAAUAAGAAAUUAUCAAUCUCUACUGAAGUCUCCAAAGUAAGCCACUCAGAGGGGAAUGAAUACCUUACAGGAGUAGUAACUGAUGAAAAGAUUGAAGGUCAAGAAAGUGAACAGAAAGGGGUACAGGAAGAUGAUGAAAUGGAAAUAGAUGACCUUUUCGGUGGAUCCGAUUACGAGGAGGAUGAAGAAGCAAAAUCGAAAAAGAGUUAUGAUGACUUGAUUCCUGAUGGGAGUGAAAAUAUCAAACACCUGAAUGAACAAGAAUUGGUUAAAUUAGAAGGUGAUUUGUUUAAAGAAUUUGGACAGAAUGAUACUUCUGAAUUGAAAUCGAAUAUAUUUCGUGAUAUUAAGUCUGAUAUUGGUCAAAGAGACAAUGAUAUCAUUGAUGCAGCACAGAAUAAGAGUGAAAACAAAAAGUUGAGUAUGGACAACACAUUGAAGAUCUUAACUCCCAAGUUUGAACAAGGUAGUAAUACUGUUUCCGCUCUUGGAACACCAACAGUUUGUUCCGGUCAAUCCAAACCAACUUACAUUGACAUUCCAAGAGAUCAAAUGACAAUUAAAAAAUCCCAGACUCCUAUAUACGAUGAUCCUGGAGCCCCACUACCAAUUAUGCCAACCCCCAUGUUAAAUACGUUUGGUGCUACAUACGGAGGAACUAGUGGACCGGGUUCUACGGCGUCCUUCUCAGCUCCUUAUGUCCCCAAUGAUGUUAAAAUUGCUUCCUCAAAUAAGAGUCAAGGUACGCAGUAUCCUGUAAAGCCUCCUACGUCUGGUUCAGACGAUGGGAUCAAAUCAGCGUUUUCUCCUAUAUUGUUCAACCCAAUCAUCGAGAACAAUAUUGAUACUAAAUACGGUAAAGGUGGGAAGUUUUAUGUUAGAAAGGACUCUACUCCUCUUGUGGAGAAGAAGUAUAUACGGGCUACAAGUGUCAGUGGCCAUGAAAUACCCUUACGUGAAGAUCGAUCAUUAAAGGCAGCAAUCCUGAAUGGUGCAUAUCUGCAAGAAGCGAUCGAAGGUGACUCCGACAACGAUGAAAAUUCAUAUGAUGUUUACGAAGAAGAAAUGUCCAGUGAUGAAGACGAAGACAACUUGUUUGUUGACUCUUCAACUGGAAAUGGUGCUUCCAAUGUCUUCCAAGGUACAAACAAGCUCUCCAAGUCUCCUCCAUUAAUAUUGAACACCGAGAGUGAGCACUUACUUGACUCGUUUAGCAGUCCAAUGGGAGGAUUUUCUAGGUCUAGAAGGGGCAGUAUGUCAAUGUCAAAUCAUAAUAUUUACCAAGAGACUCAAUCACCACUUAGACCAAAUGGCUCCCGUCAGUUUCCCGAUGAUCAAUUAGUAAAAGAUAGCAGUUCUGUUGGAACUGGAAAUUCAUUUCCUGGUAUAUCACCAAUGAGUUACGACACAACUAUAGCCGUAACGGGCCAUUCAAAUAGCAAUGUGAAUGGAUCUCCAGGUUCUACUUUGCAAACUUCAGGAAUGCAAUUUUCAACAUUUUCGCCAGAGAAGAGAGAAAUAGGAGGAACGAUAAGCAACAGUGAAGAUGAAUCUAAACCUGAAACCUCAAACUAUUUACCUUUGCUUCUACGGAGUAUAAAUGUAUCUACAAUUCCGGAGUUUUUUAUGACAAAUAAUUUAUCCCAAAGUAAGGAAACCAAGAUAAUUGAGGAUUUCAGUAUGAUGGAAGAAGAUGAGAAUAUUGCUAUCAGUGAAUUUGGUGAUUUUAGAGAAAAUGAAAUGGUGGUAAGUGAUGCUCUUCACCUUGACAUUCUUUUGGAUUACUUGACCCAGAACAUCAUUUUUGACUAUGGUUUAAACGAACCAUUCACCAACAUGAAGUUAAUAAAUGAAGGAAAUGAUCUCCGUGUAUCCGAAGUUGACAUGGAGUGUCCUCCAGCAUCAUUUGAAUCAGCUUUUUUUGAAGUCUUCCCAUACUGUUACAAGGUUAAUCUCAUUGAAUUUAUAAAUAAUUGGAGUGAUUUUGGUAGCAAUGAGUAUGUCACACCAAAGGAUAGCGAUAUAAAUGGUGGAGUUAGUGAAGAGCUUGACUUUUUGAACGACUUGGGAGAUGAAGUUGAUCCCAAAUCCCAGUUUAAAAAGCUAAAUGAAAUAGAAUAUGACACAAUCAAUAUCGAUACAAGAAACAAGGACAAGUUUGAUAAAUAUAAAGCCAUAGUGAAUGGCCUAGUUAAAGGGAACCAUUUUCAAAUAGAUCAGAAUUCUUGCUUCAAAUUACCGGUUGUUGAAGCAAGGGUUAGGAAGUUUUCUGAUAUUAUAAACUUUGAUUAUUUGGGUAUUAACUUUUGGAGAAUGCUCAGCUUAUCUCCAUUAAAUGAACCCAAAAACUUUCAACUUUUAUUAAUUAGUGAACAACAUUUACCCUCGCUGUUUGAGAAUCAUGGAUUAAGUGGAGUAUCUUCGUUAUCAACUACAAACAGCAUCUUCGAUUACAAUAGUCAAUUCAUGAACAACUUGAUUCAAAAUUAUAGCGAAUGCAAUUUGGGGAAUAUCUCAAAAUUGAAUGUUAGAAGGACAGAGGAAGAUAAUGGUAUGUUGCUUGUGAAACGGGAUCGAACUCAUACAUUCAAUGAAUCCUACAAAGAGAUCCACAAACAGUUAGAGUUAAUCGUGGAACAAAUCAAACUUGAUCUCAUAAACAAGACAAAUAAGUUUGAGUUUAAUCGGCCUUUACUUUUAUUGUUUGUUGAUUUUAAUCAAAAGUGUAAUUCAAUAUUACAAAUCUCCAAGAUCUUCAAAAACUUUAAGUUGGCAUUGGAUAAACAUCAGCUUCCAUUAGUGCAAUUUUUUGUCAAGAUAAUUCCGGCAGAUUUCAUUGUAAAAAGAAAGCACAAUGAGUAUUGUCUGAAGAUGGUUUCUAAUUACAGUUUAUCGAAGUUUUCCAUGAUGCUUUACAACAUGUGUCCCGAUCCAAAUAGAGGAUCACCCACAGCAUUUCAAGUACGAAAGUUAUACACCAAUAUUGUUCAGGAGCCACCAAGAAAGAUUCAAUUUAAGUUUUUAGGUAACUCUGCUAACAAUCUUAAGAGCUCAGUUAACAAUAAUGAUGAUAUAUUUUUGCAUUUGGCAUACGAACGUUCCAUAGAUAAAAAUUGGGUUUCUGCUGCCUGGCUGGACCCAUUAGGAAUUGUUACCCACACCAAAUCAUGGUAUUGUCCAAUUGAUAGAAAAAUGGAUAAUGGGAACACUCAAAAUCAUUUACACAAUCACUUCCAUGCCAAUGUGUAUGAAAUAGGACAAAUCAGUGAGGAAAUAUGGCGUAUCAGCAACGACUUAUUCAAAAUCCUUAAUAACGAAAUAAUUAAGAAAACCAAUGUUAUAGGAGGUAAGAAGUUUUUGGUUCUUACUCGGAUCAAUAGCAUUAUUCCUGAUGACGAAUUGAUUCAUUGGAAGAAGUUAAGUGUGAACCACAAAGAUAUAUCUUUGAUAGUCCUUUCUGUCAAUCGUGCACCCAAGCUUGUAUUUGAGCGUGAAAUAACACCUGCUAUUCGUGGCAUUGACCAGCUACUGACAAACACUGGAACAAAUUCUGGUGAUAAUAAGAAUAGUUUCUCACAGACUAAAAUGUCUCCCCAACAACACUUAUUUAUGCGUUCAUAUCUGACAUCGUCUCAAGCACCUUCACCAAAUUUGGGACAAUCUAAUGCUUAUGGAUCCCAAACAGGAAAUGGAGGAGGGUCCCAGGGAAGUAAUUCAGGGGUUGGAACCAGCGGAUUUUUAGGUUCACCUUCAGCAUUCUCUCUUCAUUCUCCUCAGCAGUUUGCAAAUAUGCCUCUGAACUUUCUUUCCCCGUUAGAGAAGGACAUUGGAAGUGGGAAUGGUAAUAGUUCAGCAGCUGGUGGGAGUAUAGGAGGUCUUGGAACUUCAGAUGGCAGUACUCAAGCCAACAUAGGGCGGCCAGGAUCUACUCCAUCUACUAUUGGAAUCAACAACAAUUCGAAUUAUAGUCAAAGUUCGUCUACAGCAGCAGGGCUUUCAAAUACUACUUCGAGUCUUUCAGGGUUAAUUGAUGGAGCAGAUCUAGUUGUUACUCAUGCUGAUUCAGAGUUCAUUGGAAUUGUACCAAAGUUGCCCUUCCCACCAUUAAGUUCACCCACUAGAUUGGCAAUGAUGGUUGGCUACUUGGUAAAGCCAUUUGAUCUGCACAGGUAUUUGGUGUAUGAAGUAUGUUUAUUCAGUUGUUCGGCGUUUUGGAGUUUGCCUCUGUUGAUGCAUAUACUUUUGGAGCAAUAUCAGAAGUUAAUAAUAUUAAAUGAUGUUCUAGGUCUUAGAGAAUUUGACGGGUACUACAAGAAUACUGAAGAGAAGGAUGAAAACGUGGUUGACGGGAUUGAUGAAACUUAUCCUCGACAGACAAAUUUCAAAGCUCGGGGAUUGGUUCCAUGGCAUAUCACUGCAGUAGGGAAGACACUCGACUAUUUGGUACAUGUACUUGUUGAAGAGUAA